AUGGCAGAGCUCAUUAGGAAUCCACAAAUCAUGAAAAAGGCUCAAAAUGAAGUGCGAAGUGUUGUCAAGAACAAAGGAAAAGUAGAAGAGACAGACAUUCAACAUCUACACUAUUUCAAAAUGAUACUAAAAGAGACACUAAGGCUCUAUCCACCUGGUCCUCUACUUAUUCCCAAUGAAGCCAAAAGAGGAUUUAAAGUAGACGAGUAUGAUAUUCAACCCAAAACAAGGAUAGUUAUCAAUGCAUGGGCUAUUGGUAGGGAGGCAACUUAUUGGGAAAAGCCAGAAGAGUUUUUUCCCGAGAGAUUCAUAAAUAACUCUAUUGAUACGAAGGGGCAAGAUUUCCAGCUUAUACCAUUUGGUUCUGGUCGAAGGAUGUGCUCAGGGAUGAAUAUGGGGAUGGCAUUUAUGGAGAUUGCAUUGGCAAACCUUCUUUAUGCCUUUAAUUGGGAUUUGAUUCAAGGGAUGAGCAAGGAGGACAUAGAUUUGGAGGAGUUUAAAGGGUCUACAUUAAAGAAGAAGAAUCCACUAAUUCUAAUGGCUAGUAGGCAUACUUAA